AUGCUUUGAAGUUGCACCUGUUUUAUCUGCAGUCUGUCUGUUUGAAACCACGCCCUCACCUCUGGGCUGUACCUUACAUUUCCACAAUCAGGAAAUGAGAAGUUAGUCGUGGAAAAUGGACAGAAAGCAGCUUGAACCUUGAUUAUUGUUUCAGAAUCAGGAGGAAAUUAGACAAUGGUGGACGCGGGAGGAGAAAAAGGCAAAGCAUCUGACAAAGACCAGAGCUGGUUUCCCAAGAUAUUCAAGAAGAGAGUGUGCUCCACCUUUGUAGAGGAUUCUUCCAGUAAUGGAGCGCUGUGUCAGUGUGGAAAUAGGAGAGUCGACCACAGCUCUGUGGCUCUUGGGGACUGCUUUAGCACAGCCAUAGUGAACCACUGGGACAGCGCCCAGCACUCGUCUGAAUACCCGACUGAUGCUUUUGGAGAGGUGCAAUUUACUGGAACCAGCAAGAGACACAGCCAUUUUCUGCGUCUGUCAUGUGACACCCAACCAUCUAGUGUCUACGAUAUGAUGAUGAACAAUUGGGGUCUUCCUUCUCCAAACCUGGUGGUUUCUGUUGUGGGAGGAGAUGGCAGGUCAAAGGUGAAGACCUGGGUGCGUGAGGUCAUCAGGCAGGGACUUGUAAAAGCUUCACAAAGAGCAGGAGCAUGGAUCCUGACAACAGGACUGCGAGAAGGCAUCAGUAGGUGUGUUGGAGAGGCAGUCAGAGAUCAUGCUGCGGCUGCAGCUUCUUCAUAUUCCAACAGGGUGGUGGCAUUGGGCAUCGCUUCAUGGGGCCUGGUGCACAAGAGAAGACAACUCGUCAACUCUAAGGGCAGCUUUCCUGCUAAAUACAAUGUGCAGAACUCAUCUCAGGAUUCCUCCUGUUGCCUGGACAACAACUACAGGGCCUUCCUGCUGGUGGAUGAUGGGACCGUGGGCCGCAGAGGAAGAGAGACUGCAUUCAAAGCUAAACUGGAGAACUACAUCUCCCAUCAGCGCACGGGCAGUGGCAGCAUCGAUGUUCCUGUCAUUUGCAUGCUGAUAUCAGGAGAGGCAAGCAGACUUGAGAGAGUGGAUCUUUCUCUGAAGAAAUCCAUUCCCUGGCUGGUGCUGGCUGGUUCAGGUGGCACUGCAGACUUCCUGAGUGAUCUCUUGAACAACCUGUCUUCAGCCUCUACCAAGGGUGAUGGUGAGGCCAGUACCAAUGUGGAUUUGAAAGAGAAAGUGACAGAACAAGUGAAGAAAUACUUUCCUGCCGAACAGGCGACGGACAAACUCGUUGAAAAGGCUCUAAGCAUCUACGAGAACAGAGAUUUGAUCACAGUCUACCACGGCGAGCAGGAAAGCCCAACGGAUUUUGACACAGUGUUACUCAAAGCAUUGGUAGGAGCAAGUAAGCACCGUGGAUCAGUCGAUUCCAGCCCCUACUAUGAACAGCUGAAGCUAGCUGUCACAUGGAACAGGGUGGACAUAGCAAAGAGUGAACUCUUUAAUGGAGACAUCCAGUGGAAGCAUGAAGAUUUGGAAGAAUCCAUGACUGAUGUCCUGAUCAAUGACAAGCCCCAGUUUGUCCGUCUUUUUACUGAAAAUGGCUUUAACAUCCACGACUAUCUGAGCUAUGGUCGGCUGGAGGAGCUUUACUGUUCUGUAGCUAAAGGAACGCUGCUAUACCAGCUACUUCAGGACCAUCUGGUGUUACGGCUUGGACCUACAACAUCUAUAUCUAUGUCAGCAUCAGCUACUAAUGUGCAAGAGUCACUCUCCAAAAGGACAACAGAGAAACCAUCAAGUGAACCAAAGAGAAAGAUCACUCUUUUUGAGGUUUCAGAAGUCCUGGAAUCAUUAACGGGUGACGUCUGUCAGCCCUUCUACUAUGAUGUUUUGAACUUAAAGGAUAUUGUAUCCCAGAGGAAAGCGCUUAAGCGUGCAAGUAAACUGCUGCUUGGAGACUGUGCAUAUAGAAAUGAAAGCUGCCAGUCCCCCUGGGCUUCACUCUUCAUCUGGGCUGUCCUGCAGAACCGUUGUGAGAUGGCGACUUUCUUCUGGGAGAUGAGAAGUGAAUCUGUGCUGACUGCUCUGAGUGGAUGUAAGAUGCUGAGGGAGCUGUCCAGGCUGGAGAAUGAGAAUGAAACCAAACUCUCCAUGAAAGAGCUGGCCCAGAAGUUUGAGAAUCUGGCACACGAUGUCUUCAGCUCUUGCUACAGCAGCGAUGAAAAUCGCUCGUUUGAUCUGCUGAUUAGAAAAUCAUCUUUCUGGGGAGGAACCACCUGCCUUCAGAUGGGCGUGGGAGCUGAUGCACGGCUUUUCUUCAGCCAUGAUGGAGUACAGGCUCUGCUGUCCCAGAUCUGGUGGGGGGACAUGGACAGGAACACACAUGUGUGGAAGCUCCUGCUCACUUUCUUCUGUCCGUUCCUUUGCUACACCAGCCUCAUCUCCUUCAGAUUGCCAAAUGACCAGCUUGAAGAGGAGGAGACGUCUCAAGAAGACGGUCCAUCUGACAGUCAUUAUGGGACGACUGUCUUCUCUUUCUCGGCCAUCAAGCAAAUUGAAGAUGAAGCAGAUGAAGUUUGUACUCCCACUUCUGCUACCAUCAAAGGCUUCCCUGAACUUUACAGAACUCCACCACGUCCGUUCAUCAUCUCCCGUUGGCGCCAGUUCUGGUUUGCACCAGUCACUUCAUUUUUGGGCAACGUCCUGAUGUACUUCCUUUUUCUGGUGUUUUAUGCGUACGUGCUGUUGAUGGACUUCAAGCCUCCGCCACCCUCUGGUCCGUCCAUCUCAGAGUACGUGCUGUACUUCUGGGUGUUCACCUUUGUGUGCGAGGAGAUCAGAGAGAUUUUCUUUAUAGAAGGAUCAUCUUGGCGUCAAAACAUCAGAGUCUAUUUUCAGGAUGUGUGGAAUAAAUUUGACCUCAUCGCCAUCAUAUUAUUCAUCACAGGAUUGAUCAGCAGGAUGUUUGAGCAGACCUAUGAAUAUGGACGGGACGCCCUGUGUGUGGACUACAUGGUCUUCACCCUUCGCCUCAUUCACAUUUUUGCCAUUCACAAACAGCUGGGACCAAAAAUUAUCAUUGUUGGCAAGAUGGUUAAGGACAUCUUCUUCUUCCUCUUCUUCCUGGGAGUGUGGCUCAUGGCGUACGGAGUAGCCAAUCAGGCUUUACUUUACUCCUAUGACCCGAGCCUGAGUCGCAUUUUUCGCAGAGUUUUCUACAGGCCGUACUUACACAUCUAUGGCCAGAUUCCUGUGGAGGAGGUUGAUGUUGGGAAGGACUGGGAUCGGGAGUGCACAGACAACACAACAUUGAUUGAUGAGGGUGCAGAGCCAUGCAGGUCUCUGUACAAUAACUGGCUGGUGGUUAUUCUGCUGGUCAUUUAUCUGAUAGUUACCAACAUCCUGCUCAUCAACCUGCUCAUUGCCAUGUUUAGCUACACCUUCAGUGAAGUGCAGGGUAACAGCGACAUCUACUGGAAGUUCCAGCGCUACAACGUGAUAGUCCAGUAUCAUACUCGUCCAUCGCUGGCUCCUCCCUUCAUCAUCCUCUCACACAUCAACUUGUUUAUCAAGAGGAAAAUCCGAAAAGUUCCUUCUGUCAAGAUCUACCACUUUGUCUUGCACUUAGACCAAAAAGAAUCAAACAGGUUAACGACGUGGGAAACCAUCCAGAAAGAGGACGUCCUGGCUGCACAAAACAAAAUCCAGAAAAGUAGUGACUCAGAGAGACUCAAACGGAUAUCUGACAAAAUGGAUGGAGUUGUGAAACAUUUCACUGAAAGCAGAGAUAUUGAUCUCAGACUUGGGGCUCUGGAAACGGAGGUGGAGUUCUGCUCAAAGGCACUCAAAUGGAUCAUGAAAACAUUGGAAGAAAGCAGCAAAUUCGAACCUUCCCAACCGCCACCUACAUAAUGAGACAUCUGCCCUGCUUCUAGUUCCUUUUGAUUUUGGUGGAGGCAAGGGUCAGACAAAAAGGCCAACAGGACCAGGAUACCGACAGUGGCUUUAGUAGAAUAUUAAAUAUCCUGACUCUGAGAUUCUUGCUUUAUUCAAAUGAAGUAUAUUCUGAUGUUGCUGCUGUUGUUUUUUUUAUACCAGAUUGCAUUAGGCCAAAUGUUAAAGCAAACACAUAUGUGUCAUUAUCUGCUCAACAAAAUGUAUUUUUAAAAGAAUAAGUGUAUUUGAUGUUAUAUUAAAAUAUAAAUAUGUGA